AGGUGACAGAUUUCAAUUCCUGUCCAAAGAGGACUUUGCGGAUACCAUAAUGCCUGGGAGUUGGAGAGCGGCCAUAAAGAAGCUGAGGGACGACUUUGCCAUCGAUCUGGUAAUCCAGACAUUCUCGGAUGUUUUCCGCCAGGAGUUGGUGAUGGUGACAAUUGAUCAAAAACAGAAAAGAUGUCAUUGCGCAUCUCCUAUGGAGUGGUGGGAUGAAGAAACCUAUUACCCAGGCAUUCCAUUGUGGAAAGGGAAACCGCUGGUUGUUGUAUAUGUUAAUUUUUAAAAUAAAAGUUACGAAUCAAGUGGUUCAGUAGAUUCAGAUGAUAAUCAUGGUGGUGACAAGAACAGUGAAAAGCGUAAUGCUCGGUUCCGGUCAGCACCAAGUAAAGCCUUUACAAGAUCAUUGGAAUUAGCGAAAAAGGAGAGAUAUACAUUGUUAGAUAGUCAAAAGAAGGACGGUACUUUUCUCAUUCGAUCCGGAACCAAUAUCUACACUGUCAGAAUAUCUCGCGAUCCAACGUGCGACUGUACAUACUCAAGCCCAACUCAAGUCUGUAAACACGUCAUUUCUGUCAUGAUGAACUAUUUCCAGGUUCCUUUUUUGCGCUCGCCCCCAGGAUCCCUCGAUGCUCAAAAUUCAAGAUGGCGCCCGAUUACCGGAACGGAGCGGGUUUUCCGCGAUAAAACACUGAGUACCGCCUGCUAGCAGGCUAACCAAAGCGUGAUCUCACCAUGACAUGUUCUAACGUGACGUGUCUCACCGGGACGUGUCUCCCCUCCAGGGAGCUGUACGUGGCGUCCAUCUUCGUGGCCGUCAUCUCCAUGCUCUUCAUUCUGACCGUGAACCUGAACGCGCUGGCCCCCAUCGUCACCAUGCCCUUCCUCGUCACCUACGCCGCUAUCGAAUACACCUACUUCAAGCUCGCCAUGAGCUACAAUCUCAAGCAGAAACAAAAGCUACUCGACGCCGUGCGCCCAUGUAGCAGGAUUUUCGUUCCUACCUGAUUUUGUUCCGGCCGGAACAAAAGUCCUAGAAAAACAGUUCCGGCCGCAACGAAUCAUCUGAAUUUUCGAGAUUUUGUGCCCGGGAAUUCAGUUCCGCACCCGCGAUUUUAGUUCCUACUCUAACAACCACCAAACCCUGACCAAACUGACCUCCAAACUUGUAAACAAUAAUACUUAGGGUGCGACGAACACGACCCGUCAAUCAAAAUACUUGACGCAUCAAUAACGUCACCUGGUAGAUAGAAAGACAGACUUCUCGGAGUUCUCACGUUAAAAUAUAGUGAGAUUUUUAUUUUGACAGCUUUCUAAGGUAACUCAAACUCAACUCAAACUUAACUCAAACUCAACUCAACGCAUAACUCGAUGAUUAGUCUAUCUCGUAAAAAACGAACUAGCAAAUUUAUACUAAAAAAAAGUUGUCCUGCGUCAAAUAUAUCUUAUUUGCAGGCGCUUGCAAAACUGGGGCUCUAAAAAAUCUUUGAUGGUCAAGAGGGGGUAAAUAUGCAAAUGGUCAGAUUUUCGUUAAGGGUGAAGGGAGGUGUUAGAGAAAUUGUCACUAACAAGAACUCAUCUCGUCAAUAACUCAUCACCCACCCCCUCUGUAUAAUGCACUGCCCAACAAUGUCAAACUGUCUUACUGGAGAACGUGGGCUGUUGGCCGCAGUGUAAGCAUGGUCUAAAUUAAAUGUUUACAUACUCCUCGCCAAGGUUAGAGACUUUAGGUCGCACUGGGUUGUGCAAUUUAAGAGGGCCCGUUGGCGGAAAUAUACUGGGAAUGACUAACAGUCACGGAUAUUGCUGAAGAGUCCAUGGGAUUUAAUACGAGUCAUUUUAUUUUAUCGUCAAUUAUUUUGUAGGAUUACCGUUUCUUUGGCGACAGAAAGCUAGCUGAGAGAGUUCAUGACGACUGUGGUUUCCAUAGCUGUAAAAACAGCUGCUUUAUCUUAAAAAAAAUGUAAAUAUAUAUAGCACCCUUCUACACCAAUAUCAUAUUUGCUACCGUCAUCCUCGUGAUAAGGUUUUUAUAUAAGAACCUCACUCGCUGACGCUAUCGCACGAGCGCUCAUGUGCGAGAAUACAGAAAGAGUAUGAAAACAAAGAAAACAAAACAAACUUACGAUGCAAAUUAAUCGUUGCACUCAAUUAAGCCAUCUUGACUACUCAAGGCGUUUAUUGACUGAAUUUAUGAAAUGAAUUAGAUCUUCGAAGUAAGUGAACGGAGAUCUAUUUAAACAUUAAUUCGCCAUGUAUACACACCAAGUCAGGUCUUCAAAAACGUCCAAUCGAACCAACGGAUCCAUGAAUGCUUUUAAAUAAUUGAUGAUAUUCCUGAAGUGAAGGAAAUUCUCAAAGGUUUUACAAAGGUUUGAUCAUGAACUCAUCCGACUCUCCGUGGGUAUGUAAGGCCAGACUCGCCUUGUGGUGAUAUUUCUUCAUGACUGUGAUGGAAGAAGCUGAAAGGGUUCUCGCAGCAGCGAGAGACGGCGAUAUCCAAACUUUGAAAACUUUACGUCGCUUCGUUCCUUUCGCCACUGAUAAUUAUGGAUCCACCGUUCUCCAUCAUGCUACGAAGCAUGGAAAGCUUGACUGCGUCAGAUGGAUGGUGGAAAAAGUUGGACUGGAUCCUAAAGCAAAGUCGAAAACUGGAGCGACAGCCUUGCAUGUUGCCGCCGCACAAGGGAAAUUACAAGGCGUUAAAUUUUACAUUGAUGAGUGCGGCGUGGAUCCUAACUUUCCUGAUAACUCACGCCACACAGCGCUUCAUUUAGCCUCAAGAUUUGGGCACUAUGAAGUAGUUAAGUGGCUUGUAGAGAAAGCCAACUGCGACCCGGGAGCCAAGACAUUAAACAGAAUGUCGGCUAUUCAUUUUGCUGCAUCCGGGGGAGAUCUGCACUGCCUAAAGCUGCUUGUAAAUAAAGUUGGCAAUAGCUCGGUAAAUGAAAGUGCAACAGAUGGUACAACCCCGCUGUACUUAGCAGCGCAGGAUGGUAACUUUGAUUGCUUGAAGUUCCUUCAUGGAGUGGGUGCCAAGUGCAAUAUCACUAGUAGGGACGGUAUGCAUCCUAUUCACGCAGCGGCCCAAAACGGGCACCUGGACUGCUUGGGCUACCUGGCCAUCCAUGGUCGCGUGUCAAUGACCGAAAGAGACCGGACGGGGGCCACGCCUGCGCACUACGCCGCGGGACAAGGUCACCUAUCUGUUCUAAAGUGGCUGAAUGUUAGAUGUGACGUGAAGAUCAAAGACAGCCUUGGUGGGACUCCGUUGCAUGACGCGGCAGAGAAGGGACAACUUCAUUGCUUGCGAUUUCUGGUGGAAGUUGUCCACCUCGAUGUUCGCUCUAAAGAUAGCAGUAACACGAGUCCCAUCGACCUGGCAGAGAGGUAUGGUCACGUGACCUGCCACGAGUACAUGAAGACAGCCCAUGCCAAGAAUCUCAAGCAAAAAGCAGAAACAGUUAAGGAAUACACGCCGUUCGACACGUGGACCGUGGAUUCUGCAUCAGCCGGUGCUUCCUUUCUUCACGUGCUAAAGAGAACUCCGUCUAAAGCCUCUCUCGUCCCUCCGCCGCCUGCCACCGCUAAGGCACCGAGCAUCGCCCCUCUAUCAUGUAGCCCUUGCCCCACGCCCAAACCCCCAAGGACAAGCAACUCUGUGUUAAAUGUGCCUAUCGCAAGAUUUGAGUUUGUGCCUUUAGCAGAUACCAACACCGUGCUUAGCGAACCCACAACAAGGUCAGACUCGGUACCUUCAGCAGACGAGCACAAUAAGCCAGAGCCCUCCAGUCCAAAGGUCAUCUCGGAAGUUUCUAUGCAAAACGCGGUGAACGUCAAGAAGUUCCAGAUAGAGAGUAAGAUCAAUGAUGAUGUACUGGAUGCGGCGAGAAAGCGCACCAUGUUUUUGAAGCGCUCUACCGAGGUGUACAGCCGAUCAGACACGUCCUCUCCGGUGACGAGCCCCAGCGAUAAGCUCGACUCACGUAGGGGAAGUGUGGAGUUCAAAAACGCGAUCACAUCAGCGCGCAGCAACUUGAAGUCAUCGCUGUCAAGAAAUUCCUCCAAAAGUGAAGAUAAUUUGUACAAGAUUGAAGAUGAAGAACUAAAUAUUACCGAGCGAAAAGUGCCUUCAUCAGAAAACAUGGAUGGCAAUCCGGUAGAAAAGAAAGAAAAUGUUGUCUCAGUCGAAACAAAGAAAGCUACAAAUGAAAAUGCUAUCCAAGAUGUAGCAAGCGAAAAAUUCUUCACAGAACAAGAGGAUAGAUUCCAAGAAUCGGAGUCUACAAGUUAUUCAGAUAAACCAUUCAUGAUAGAGAAUACUGCCCGUGAGCAGAUUUUCAAACAACAGUUAGAAUCGAAAGUGGCACCAAGUAACGGCACUCAUCCUAACGGUGGUAGCCCUGUGUCGCCUUUGUCCUCGAUCACCACCCAGAUGUUGAAGCGUCCACUUCGAGAGAGGCAGAUGGUCGCUAUGCCCCACAUGGGCGAGAGUGCCGAAGAUAACGACGGUAUGGAUGAGGAUACAUGGCGAACACUCCCCGAAUGGAAGCGCCAAGUGUUGAAGAACCGCAUCAUGAAGCAACAGCAGGAAGCCGCUGAAUUGCGUAAGAAGAAAGAGGAGGAACACAUGAAGUACGGAAGCCAACCGAAAUGGAAAAUUCCACUCUUGGAAAGACAGGAAUCUGACAGAUUAAAGGAGGAGCAGCGCUUUGCUGGGAUGCCAGAAUGGAAGAAGGCGUUGAUACAGAAAAGGGAACAUCAAACCAAAUGAUAACUUACUAGCUUGUAUGCACCCACAAAAGUCUUGCACUAUUGAUGGCAAAGCCUUGUCCCGCCCAGUCCCGACAACCCGUCAUUCUCUCUCAGCGCGUUUAGGAUUUCGGCUGCACUCGCACGUGGCGCGUUUGAAAUUUUGGCAGCAUUCAUUUGUGAAGCGUUCUGGAACCCAGGAAUGAUAUACUUUUCGUGUGGAAAGUGUUUUGCAAUCUAUUGCCGCUCGCUACACGUACCCAGCGCAUGAAAAACAAACAAGAUCACUGACCGCUGCACAUUGACAUGAUUCACGCAUUUCGCAUAUCAGUGCGCAGUAGAGUAGCGACAAAGCAAUGCUUGGGUAUGAUGCGGGGAACGAAAUAAAUCGCACACUGGACAUUCGUCAGCUUUAAAACAAAUCAGAGACCCAAACCGUGAGCCUAGGUGAUUUGGGCGUGUUUUCGGCUGAAGAGAGCACACCAAUAGCAUUUGUCCAUCCAAAAUAUCCCACAAUCUCAAACUUAAAUUCUAUGUAUUCAAUAAUAAAAUUAAAUUUUGCAAUGGUA